UCAUUUUGCAUUUGACUUUCGUUUCGAGCAGUUUGUUGUGCAUCGAGUUUGUGUUCACGUUCACGUUUUUUCCGUUCGCCGCCGUUUUCCACACAAGUGCAAUUAUUUCUUUCAUUGCAUUUGCGUGCUUGUGUGCGUAUAUUAUUGUUGUUUUGCAGCUUUCGAAAUAUGUUUGCCACUCUAAGUGCAACAUAUCCUUGAUUAAAAAUUGUGACAAACACCAUUGUAAGCAUCUGUGAUAUUAAAGAAAAAUAAUAAAAGCCUCACAUCAAUAUUAUACCGGCUAGCGCUUUAACUUAUUAUUUCCGCACUGACUGUUGCCGCCUUUACAAAGCUGAAUUGAUUUGUGCUGACCAGAGCGGAGGAGCCACAUACCAAAAUGUCGCGCAAAUCGCUAAAUGUACGCGUCACCACCAUGGACGCCGAGCUGGAGUUUGCCAUACAACACACGACCACCGGCAAGCAGCUCUUCGAUCAGGUCGUCAAAACGAUCGGCCUGCGCGAGGUCUGGUUCUUUGGCCUGCAGUACACCGAUUCAAAGGGUGAUUCCACAUGGAUCAAACUUUACAAAAAGACUGGAUCAAUGCCAUUCUCCACUUGGGUUUUGAACCAAGACGUGAAGAAGGAGAAUCCUCUGCAGUUCAGAUUCCGCGCCAAAUUCUACCCGGAAGACGUUGCUGAGGAGCUCAUUCAGGACAUUACGCUGCGCUUGUUCUAUUUACAAGUGAAGAAUGCCAUACUAUCCGACGAAAUCUAUUGUCCCCCAGAAACGUCCGUGUUGCUCGCUUCGUAUGCCGUUCAAGCGCGCCAUGGCGACUACAACAAGAGCAUGCACACAGCCGGCUUUUUGGCUAACGACCGCCUGUUGCCGCAACGUGUCAUCGACCAACACAAAAUGUCCAAGGACGAAUGGGAGCAGUCGAUUAUGAACUGGUGGAAGGAGCAUCGCGGCAUGUUGCGCGAGGAUGCCAUGAUGGAGUACUUGAAGAUCGCACAGGAUCUUGAGAUGUAUGGUGUGAACUACUUCGAAAUCCGCAAUAAAAAGGGCACCGACCUGUGGUUGGGCGUGGACGCGCUCGGUCUGAACAUCUAUGAGCAGGACGACAAGCUGACGCCGAAAAUCGGUUUUCCUUGGUCGGAAAUCCGUAACAUUUCAUUUUCGGAUAAGAAGUUUAUUAUCAAGCCAAUCGAUAAGAAAGCGCCCGAUUUUGUCUUCUUUGCGCCGCGUGUACGCAUCAACAAACGAAUCCUGGCCUUGUGCAUGGGCAAUCACGAACUGUACAUGAGACGUCGCAAGCCCGACACAAUUGAUGUGCAGCAGAUGAAGGCGCAAGCACGCGAGGAGAAGAAUGCCAAGCAACAAGAACGUGAGAAACUGCAGUUGGCACUAGCGGCACGCGAACGUGCUGAAAAGAAGCAGCAAGAGUAUGAGGAUCGCUUGAAGCAGAUGCAAGAAGAAAUGGAGCGCUCCCAGAAGGACUUGCUGGAAGCGCAGGAGAUGAUUCGCCGUCUCGAGGAGCAAUUGCGUCAACUGCAGGCAGCCAAGGACGAGUUGGAGCUGCGCCAGAAAGAACUGCAAGCUAUGUUGCAACGUCUUGAGGAGGCAAAGAAUAUGGAGGCAGCUGAGAAAGCCAAGCUGGAGGAGGAGAUCAUGACCAAACAAAUGGAAGUACAACGCAUUCAGGACGAGGUGAACGCCAAGGACGAAGAGACUAAACGUCUGCAAGACGAAGUGGAGGAAGCUAGACGCAAGCAGGUAAGAAAACUGGAAACAAAUUUGCCUAUUGCCUUCGUACAAAAGACUAACUAUAUUUUGCGUUUGCAGGCGGAAGCUGCUGCAGCGCUUUUGGCCGCGUCAACCACACCUCAACAUCAUCAUGUAGCCGAGGAUGAAAAUGAGAAUGAGGAGGAGCUGACGAAUGGUGACGGUGGCGGUGAUGUUUCACGCGAUCUGGAUACAGAUGAACAUAUCAAGGAUCCCAUCGAGGACAGACGCACACUGGCCGAGCGCAACGAGCGCCUGCAUGAUCAAUUGAAGGCUCUGAAACAAGACUUGGCACAAUCACGCGACGAAACGAAAGAAACGCAAAAUGAUAAGAUCCAUCGGGAAAACGUGCGUCAAGGUCGCGACAAGUACAAGACAUUGCGCGAAAUACGUAAGGGCAACACAAAGCGUCGCGUGGAUCAAUUUGAAAAUAUGUAAAUUGGAGAGUGGCAGCUUGGUGCGCACUGGCCGAGGAUGACUGGUAUCACUAUGACGCCAGUCCUUUGUAUAGAACAACAAGAUCAACAGAAGCGGCUAUAUCAACAAUAAAACAACAACAAUUACCAGCAAGCAAUCAACCAACUAACAAAAAACACCUCCGCUCGAUCGGCGACCUUCAAGUCGAUCGUUAUUUAAAUGAAAGAAUUACUAUUUACGAAUUAAGAAUUGAAAUUUGAUACACUUUUGAUAAGAUAAAGUCUUCGAUGUCGCAAAGUAGAUAAAACCCUAAAGAAAAACAAAAAAAAAAAUCAUAAACGCUUACAAAUCAAAUUCGUAGAAACAAUCAAAUGCAUUUUCUUUUCUUUUUGAAUAUAAAGUAAAUCUAAUGACAAAUGACAAACGUAAGAAAAAGAAAGAUUGCUGUUCCUCCUAAAAGUUAACGAUUUCGUUGUAAAGUCGUUUACAUUUUUGUUUUUGCCUUUUAUUCAUUUUUUAAUCUAAUUUGCGAAAUAUUCCUGUGCUUUUAGCAUUUAUUUAAAAUCUUUUAAGUAUUUAAACUUAAACUGAAAGUUUGCGAGUAUUUUUGAAAUCAUACUGAAAAUAUUUUUCCCGAGCGAUACUAAAAUGUCAAUUGUUUUUUCUCCCUUUUAGUCACUUAAAAUCGCCAAAAUGAAAAACGUAAAUCCAGGCAUUUCUUGAAUCGUUCCGUCUUAAUUAUUUUAUUAUUGAGUACCAACUUUAUAUAUACACACAGAUAUAUAUAUAAAUUGUAUUUUUUUUUUGUUUUUUUGAGAAAAACUUUUAAAUGAUAUAAUAAAAGAUAAUUUAAGGCAUAGUUGUUCUAUAUAUAUAAUUAUUACACAUUAUUAUUAAAUAACAGUACUAUUAAUUUGAAAGGAUAAAUAUAAAUGGAAGUCGAAUCAUUCAAGCAAGAGAAAAGAGCAACGCAACGGGAAUCCAUUUACACAAAAAUUGUUAUUAUUACUUGGCAAAAUAAUUAUAUUAUACAUAAUAUAAUAAAAUAAAAAUAAACCAUUGUAUUAUUAGAAGAAGUUGGAAGAAACGUAAAGUAAAUAACUUAAAGUUUUGAGUAAAGGGAGAUGGGAUUUCGAAAAACUUCAAUGUAUUAUUUUAAGUCGGACGUCGGCUGCAAUUAGCAUCAUUAUUUUUACAUUUGUUUUAAGAGAAAUAAGUACCACCACCAAUGGAAUGGAAGAAUACAUUAAAAGUGUUGUUGGUGAAGUUGAAAACCAUUCACAUUUGUUAUUGUGGAAGUAUCGAGCGUUAUGCUAGGGAUUUUCGCUACUGGAGUUGGCUUGACGGACAAUGACGACAUACAUAACACAGACCGACUCAGAAAGCAACUUGCUAAAACAGACCUAUCGUUACCACUUGCUCCCAACCGACUAUAUGUUUUCUUGUUUUUUUAAUUAAAAGCAUGUUUAAUU